AUGUCGAAAUUCUCGGCGGUUUUGGAGGUUCCGACCAAUCGGAUACUAUUCACCCAGUCGUUGCCGGGAUGCAUGGCGUGGUCUGUGGUCAGCACUUUUCUCCCCGACUACCUCUCUAGUGACCUUAGUUUGACUGUACAUCAGGCCACUGGCGUGCUUGUUGCCUUCGGAGUCUCCUGUUUAGUGUUCUCUAUGCUUGGUGGUGAUAUUGGUCAGCGUAUUUACAACAAUAGGCGACAAGAUUUGCCAAGAUUCAUAGCGUUGACGAAUAUGUUGGCGCCGGCCCCCAUGAUUAUAUUAUUGCGUGGAUAUUCCUAUCCCGCACUAUGGGUUGUUCUGGGCGGUCUGGCUGCCGUAUCUGGUCCGAAUAUCAAGGGUAUUCUCAUGAAUGUAAAUUCGGCUAAAACAAGGGGCACGGUAUUUGCUGCAUUCACGCUGAUGGACGACCUAGGGAAGGGUCUCGGGCCGGCAGUUGUGUGUUUGGUGGUGUGGCUGGUGGGCGAUCGUGUCACAGCUUUUACUCUAGCAUUUUGCCUGUGGGCAGCAUGUGGUGUGAUACUGUCAUUUGCUCAGCAAACGAUUGUUGAUGAUUCUACCGCGGUGGAGCUAGUGAAUGCUGCAGACGCGUCGCGAGAGAUGGACGCUUUUGAUAUGUAUGCCACUUCGAAGAAGCCAAGGUCGCAGAAUAUAUAG